AUGGCGUGUUGUCGGCAUAUUCUAGUGGCCGCCCUGGCGGGGGUUCUGACGUCAGCGCAGCGCUUACACCCGAGUAGAAGACACGUUGAAGAGACGGACGUUGAGGCGGAGGACGUGCAGCAAACGGAGCGCUUUCUAGCGACGGAAACGCAGCCAAAAAAGGAAGAAGAAGGAGGAGACCUGGUGAAAAAGCUGCCUGGACUCGACCCGUCUAUGGACGUGACGCAUCACGCCGGUCGGAUCGCUCUACACGGCAGUGCCAAGAACUUUCUAUUUUACUGGCAUUUCCAAGCGGCGCGGGACGCCGAGAAGGCUCCGCUCGUGAUCUGGUUAAAUGGAGGGCCAGGGUGCUCGAGUAUGCAAGGCCUGUUUUUGGGCAACUCGCCGUUCGUGUUAGUGAACGAGUCGACGAUUGGCAGGAAUGCACACAGCUGGCACCAGUUUGCCAACAUGCUUUUUGUGGACCAACCUGUGGGAACGGGCAUGUCGUUCACGAGCGGCAACGACUAUCGAUCAAGUGAGGAGGACAUUUCUGCAGACUUUUACGACUUUCUGGUCAGAUUCGUGCAGCGGCAUACCGAGUACCUCUCGGAUGCUGACGAUGGUGUGAAACACACGCGGGAUGUGUACAUGUUCGGCGAAUCCCAUGCAGGACGAUGGAUUCCCAAAUUCUCGGAGCAUCUUAUGGACCAGAAUGAUCUUGUGAACAACCGGAUCAAGAUUCGUCUUGUCGGCGUCGGUAUUGGCAACGGAUGGGUGCACCCGAGAGUUCAGUACGAGUACAGUGACUACGCCCACGGUCUUGGUUUGCUAUCUUUUGGUCAGGUACGAUCGCUGAAGGCUUCGUAUGCUGAGUGUUUGGCUGCUUUGGAUGCCGGCACGUUUUAUUCGGAUAGCUGUCUGGACAACAUGAAUGCGAUCACGGACAGUGUCAAGGCAGGCAACGAGGAGAACAAUUUGAACUAUUAUGAUGUCCGGGAAUAUGUACGCACUGUUUCAGCGUAUCCGUCGGGAAUGAAAACGAUUGCUACUUAUGUAAAUAAAAUGGAAGUGCGUGAAGCUGUGCAUGGCAACAAGGACAAGCGAUUUCGCUUUAGUAUGUGCAGUGACGGUGUCUAUCGAGGACUGAAACAAUUUGAUGGUGUUAGCACAUUGAAUGCAGUUCAGGCAUUGCUCGAAAGAGGGUUGCGUAUGAUUUUCUACGUCGGUCAAUGGGACAUGAUGUGCAACUACUAUGGAAUCGAAAAAUUGUUGCUGGGUCUGAAUUGGAAGGGAUCAAAGGCUUAUCAACAGGCUGGCAAGUUCACGUGGCAAGUACAAGGCCGCAAAGAUCCUGCAGGAUUUGUACAGCAGGGUGGUAAUUUGACAUACGUGGUGGUCGCUGGUGCGGGGCAUAUGGUGCCGAUGGACGUGCCCGAUGUGGCUGCAGACUUGGUACGUCGCUUUGUUAACGAGCUUGACUUCAAUGACAAGGAGCAAAGAGUCACAAACACGCGAUUGAACGCGACCGACCUCGAAGAUACAUCUUGCCAUGCUCUCGUGAAUGCAUCCAGUACAGAUGUCGGUUACAGCUCAUCAUUUUUGUCCGGCGGAAACAGCAGCCAAGUGCACAUCGAUAUCACGUGGCUAGUGGUAGCAUUGGUGAUCGUAUCGGUAAGCAGCAUCCUGACUGUUUGUGUCACCCUCGCUUGUCUCCGCUACAGAAGACACUUGCAUCCGGAUCAUGAAAUUAUUAGCCAAGUGAGUGAUAGUGAACACAUUGAUCAGCCUGGAGAUGAAGAACAGGAAGAAAGCUUUGACAAGGAAGAUAUCAGCGAGCAUGAGCAUCUCAAUGGUGUGAGUCAAUGA